AUGGAGCGCUCCUCCGCUCGCUCCUCGGUCAACAGCCGCCGCACCAACUCCCACAGCGCGAGGGAGACGAUUCGCCGCAACAUGUCCUACGCCAACCGCUCUCACGUCUCCGAGCAGGAAGCCUACCUCUACGCAUUACGAGUGGCAUAUCUUGCAUAUCUGCUGCAGCCGCGGCAAAAACGAGUUCAGCAUGUCGCCAACACUUCGAAACCCAUCCAGCGGUCAUCGACCUCGAUCAACGAUAUGGUAAAGGACUUCAGUUUAAUACGGGACAGCAAGAGCACACGAUUUCCCCAUGGGUUCAUGUCAGCGCUCGACAAGAGGCUGGAGAAGGUCUUGAUUGGGCGGGAGAGCAUGCCAGAGUACAAUGAUGCCAACAUCAAGCGGACGUUUGGAGCUUUCUUGAAUGAGUUCAAGAACCCAACUUUUCGCAAGAGCAUGGAGAAGGACAGGAGGGUGGAGGAUCUGCUGUUGAUAUUCUUCUCCAAAGCAACUAGUGAAUUGCAAAAGGGCAAGAGUGCCGAAGACGAUAGUUGGAAAUUGAUGGUCGAUCGACACGUUGCUCUGUUCGUGAGACUGAUCAGCAGCACUCUUUCGAAUAAUGACUGGACCAGAGACAGGCCUGAGUUGACGAGUCGCUUAAAGACGCUGGAAACGAAGCUCUUGCAGCAUGAUCAGGAUUUGGCAGACGAGAGACACAGAAAUGGAGGCCAAGGAGGCACGAGCAUUGAAGUUGAGGUCCCACGUUCGUACGAGGUCAGAGAUAUGCCCUUGGUGAUCAGAGUCUGCCGGAUAUUCGCGAAACCGACGGUACAGGCGCAGAACGACAUCAAUGCUCACAAAGACGAAUGGACUGAGAAGGCCGCGUUAAGAGAUCUGAAGGAAUACCAAAACCAUCUCAUGCUCAACACGCGCGUGACAUUGUCCAAGGAUGACUUCGACCUGGACGAAGCUUACGAAGUAUGGCGAAAGGGCGAAUACAGUGAUUUGACUCAAAUGAUGCUCGCCCUGGUCCAGUCAGAUCCAACCCUUGCCAAGAGCACUUCCCCAAGCAGUCUUCCAUCGUACAAGCCGCCUCCUGCGGCUGCAAACGACAGCGGCUAUGGCGAUCUCCACAAGACCCUCUCACGGCAAAGUGGUGACCACGAUUCGAGCUAUGUUAUCGAUCAGCCCGUUGACAUGAGCGGGUUGAAUCUGGGAGAUUCGUCGCCACGAGAUUCCGGGACAGGUUCCUUGGACGGUAGCGGUGCCAACUUCACUUUCAUACCUUCAGAUGCGCGGGCGUAUUAUCGACAGGUGUUGAAGAUGGCGCUGACAGCGGAUCUCCAGGACGAUGACCUCCAAGCUGCAGCUCCCUCAGACGACAUGCCUCCAACGAAGCUACUGUCAGAGCAGUCAACGGAAUUACUCAACGAGAUUGCUCUUCGAUGGCGGAUACCGCAAGUCAGUCGUCUAGUCCUGUUCUUGGAUGUGGCACGUGAGAAGUACCAGAAUUCAGAGCUCACCCUGAACACCCUCGACGCCGCAUUCAUGUACGUCAAGGAGCCUCCGCCAGAACCAAAGAAGGGGAAGAAGCCAGCUGUGCAAGUCAGCCUGUUCGACCGCGAGAAGUGGACCACAGCCGACUUUGCACUCAUGCAAAACAUCCUCAGCAGCUUGCACGACGCUAUGUUGAGAGAGCUGUUCGAGGUCUUCCAGCAUGCGUACGAGGGUAAAGCUCCCAACAUAGCACCCGUCAUGGUCUUCCUCGACAGCAACAUCUAUGAAGAUCCUCUCUUCAGCAAGAACCAGGAAGACCUCAAUGCUUUCGCCCAAAUGAUGUCAGAACAACUGAGACAAAAAGCAAAGGAGAAGUACCACGACAUGCUAGCCAAGAAUGUCCCGGAUGACUCUACUAAUUGGGAGUUUUUCAAUGUCAUCAAGCUCGGACAGUCGGUGACAACGCUGUGCCAAAAGAUCCAGAAACGAUACAAAGGCCAGAUGAAAGAGAUCAUGGGCAUCCAACCUCUGCCAAUCCUGGUCAAGGAGAUCUUACCCUCAUUUUCUGUUGAUGCCAAGGAACUGCUGGCGCGCAUCAUGGAGUUGGCCAAAGACAAAGGAGAGGAGAUUCCUAUCCAAGACGGCUUCGAGCUGUAUGGCGAACUUGUCCAGAUUCGCGAGGUCUACGCCCAAGCUCUUCCUGGCCGUGAGUUCGGUUUCCACAUCGAGGGUCUUCUGCAGGACUUUGUCUGGCGAUGGAUUCAAGCGACGGACAGCAAACUCAUCGACUGGAUCGAAGGAGCUGUUAUGCAUGAUGACUUCCAAGUCAGGCAAGACCAAGCAGCAAAAGAACGCGGCGACCCUCCCAGUGAUGAUGAGCGACACUCACAAAGCGCCAUUGAUGUCUAUCGCAUCUUCAAUCAAAGUAUCGAACAAAUCAUCAAGCUCAACUGGGACGAUGAUCUCCAAUACGCCAAGUUCAUGACCGCGAUCAGCAAGUCCAUCGGCAAGGGCGUUUCAAAAUACUGCGAGUUGCUGGAGACGAAGUUUGCUCGCGAGAUGGAUCGGCAGACGCCUGAGCAAGAAGCUCGAGCACAGCAAAAGCAGCAUGAGAAGUGGUUGGCUGCCGCUCGUGAUGUUUGGACUACGGGAGGCACAGGCCAAAAGAUUGAACCAUUCCAGUUCUGGCCCGAAAGCUUUGUCAAGAUCAACGACAUCGAAUACGCGACACUACAGCUGGACAAGGUAGAGCAGGAAAUGAAUGUGGACGGUUGUGUGGCGGCGAUACAAAAGUACGAGCCACCCCCGCCACCGAAUGUCCGCAAGCGAGGCGAAAAUAAGUUCAUGUUCACCAUCAAGAUCAUCGAAGCUGAAGAUCUGAAGGCUGGCGACAUGAAUGGUCUGAGCGAUCCGUAUGUCGUCCUGGGUGAUGAGUACCAGAAGAGACUUGCGAAGACGAGGACGGUAUAUCAGUCUUUGAAUCCACGAUGGGACGAAACCGUGGACAUCCUCACCACCGGCCCACUCAAUGUUAUCGCCACCGUGUGGGACUGGGAUGCUCUGGGCGACCACGACUGCUUGGGACGGACCAGCUUGAAGCUCGACCCCAAUCAUUUCAACGACUACCUGCCUCGCGAGUACUGGCUUGAUCUGGACACUCAAGGACGUGUGCUAGUGAGGGUCACCAUGGAAGGCGAGCGAGACGACAUUCAGUUCUACUUCGGCAAAGCGUUCCGCACAUUGAAGCGCACAGAAAGAGACAUGACCCGCAAAAUCACCGACAAGCUUUCGGCCUACAUUCAACAAUGUCUAUCGCGACGAACACUACGAACAUUGACUUCUUCGGGCACACCUGGCAUUGCCGGGAUCAGCAUGAACACGAUGCGCGGCUACUUCUCGAAAGGAGCCCGCCCGGUGUCAGUGGCCCCAAGUCAAUCUCAAGGCAACAACAUCCGCGAGGCUGCUGCAAACGCAUUGAAGCCUCUGCUGCAGUACUUUGACGAUAACUUUGCGAUUAUGAAGCAGACGCUGACCGACAGCGCAAUGAUCAUGGUGAUGACGAGGUUGUGGAAGGAAGUACUGGUCACUAUCGAGGGUCUGCUUGUGCCGCCUCUCAGUGACAAGCUGUCUGCACAGAAGCCGCUGAGCAUGCAAGAGGUGGAUGUGGUGUACAAAUGGUUGGAGACCCUGUACCAGUUCUUCCUCGCCUUCGAUCCAGAGCGUGGUGUUGCCGAUGGUGUCCCGAUGGAUGUUCUCAAAUCGCCCAAGUAUCACGACCUCCAAAACCUCAACUUCUUCUACUUCGAAUCCACGGACAAUCUUGUCAGGACCUCAGAGUCUAUGGCAUCGGCGACCGCCGCACGUCAGCAGGAACAGACAGCCCGACUCAACCGCCUCUCAGCACCAGCAGGCUUCCUCUCGCCAGCAUUGGGAGGCACACGCCGUUCGAAAUCCAUCAUGCAAAGCCGCAACCUGGGCACAAUGAGGAAGGCGAAGGAAGAGAAGCGAAAAGAAGCGCAAGCAGACCCCAACGACGACAUGAUUCUCCGCAUCUUGCGUAUGCGGCCUGAGGCGGAGAAGUACCUGAAAGACCGCUCUCGUCAAAAAGAGCGUCUCGCCGCAGCAGCUGCUGCGGAGGCAAUCGUACGGCAGAGUCUACAGGCGAAGCAUACCAUGGGCCACGGCCCGAGUCAAAGUAUGGGAGGAGCGAGAAGCGGCGGGUUGCAAAGAGGUGGGGCCGGCAGAGUUUGGGGAACCAUCAGAGAGUAG